AUGGCAUCGGAAAGACCUCCGUCGAUCACCUUCCCUCCCCCAAUUCAGACCGGCCGUCGGGUUAGUCCUUCACCACAUGGCUUAAGGCAACGCCCUUUGGGCAGAGCAUCUACCCUCAUCGAGAGCAAUGCACAGCUCAGUCGGCGACGAAGCUCAUUUCUCUCCGAGACGCUUUCGGAGACGAGAAAGUCCUUCCGCUCUUCCACCGAUGAUAUAUUGUUGCCGCGGCCGAAAGGGGCAUCUGACCUCCAGGAUGAUGAUGAUACGUCCCACUGGCAGUCGCUACCUCUGGUCCUGGCCUUGCUUCCUGCUGUUGGCGGGUUGCUGUUCAAAAAUGGAAGUGCCGUCAUCACCGAUGUCACCCUCUUGGGUCUGGCUGCAAUAUUCAUGAAUUGGGCUCUUAGGUCGCCAUGGGAUUGGUAUCGUGCAGCUCAGAGUACGGCCCUGGCCGACCCCCCAUCUCCAACUGCGAUGACACCGACCGACGAAAGUUCAGAGCACCAAGGUGCCGCAACCGCGCCUGGUGACGGAGACGAAGGUGUUCCUGCAGAACCCCGCCUCAGAGCCAGUCCUUCCAGUGUCUUUGAUGCGGAACGGGCAUCUGCACAGAAAGAGCUUCGGAUCCACGAGCUUCUAGCCUUGUUGUCUUGCUUGGUCUUCCCGCUGCUGGCCGCUUGGCUUCUCCAUGGGAUCAGGUCACAGCUAACCCGGCCAUCCGAGGGACUGAUCUCGAACUACAACCUUACCGUCUUCAUUUUGGUGGCAGAAAUUCGCCCCCUGUCCCAUCUGAUCAAGAUGGUACAGCGGAGGACGCUCUUCUUGCAGCGACGCGUGAAUGUGGAGGUUCUAAAAGAGAAAACCCAAUCAGACGGCCAACAACUCCGGGAUCUCACACACAGAUUGGAGGAAUUGGAGACCCACAUUGCAGAUCGUAUCGCUGGAUCUGGCGAGCAAUCGAACGACCAAGCUGGUGACGUGCUGGCAGCUAAGGUAUCGGAACUGGCGACAUUGGAUGUGAGGAAGACAGUGCAGCCCGAACUCGACGCUCUUAGUCGCGCGAUGCGCCGGUAUGAGAAGAGAAGCACCAUUUCGUCGGUUCAGAUUGAGGCGAGGCUGGAGGACCUCGAAGUGCGAUUGAACGAUGUCGUCGCCCUUGCUGCUGCUGCUCAGCGGAACGCUGAUCGAAGGCCAGACACUUAUAUUGUCAUGCUUACCAACUGGGCCUGUGCAGCCAUCGUCUUGCCGCUUCAGUAUAUCCUCUUUGUUGCCACUCUUCCCAGCAAGCUUGUGGGCGCGGCCGUCGCGGUGCCGAAAAAGUACUUGGCCAGAAGACGCAAAUUCCAGACAACGAAGGAAGGUCGGUCGUCUCGAAGAACCCCUGUGCGGCCGAAUGAGCGUGAAAAGAGACUCAAAGUCAUGCCGUAG